GUGUGUAUGGUGAGUUUGUUUCAAUGAGAAUCUGGUUUUGGGUUGGCCAGAACAGGUUUGAAAGACCAUUGGUUGUUCAGGCACAAGAUACCUUUACUCUCAACCUCAACCGGCUCAUUGAGAAACCAAAAGACUCGGGUCAAGCCCAACUUUUUCUUUUACAACAAAAAGUUGGACAACUUUGAACACAAUGAGUAAGGAACAAUUUAAAAUUGCAGUGUUGGGCCAAUCCCAAUUUGCAGCUAAUGUGUACACAUUACUAAAGCGUGAAGGCUAUCGCAUUGUGGGGGUCUUCACAAUUCCAGACAAAGGUGGGGUGGAAGAACCAAUUGCUAUUCAAGCCUCCCAAGAUGGAGUGAAGGUUUUUAAGCACAAAUCCUGGAGAAGGAAAGGUGUUAUUUUAUCAGAGGUCUUGGAGCAAUAUAAGUCAGUGGGAGCCAAUCUAAAUGUGAUGCCUCUUUGUCCACAAUUUAUUCCGAUGGAGGUGAUUGAAUCUCCUCGACAUCAAUCCAUCUCAUAUCAUCCAUCUCUGUUACCGCGACAUCGAGGAGCUUCGGCCGUGAGUUGGACUCUGAUUGAAGGGGAUUCCAGGGCUGGCUUCACCAUUUUCUGGGCUGAUGAGGGCCUUGACACGGGGCCGAUUCUUCUCCAAAAAGAUUGCUAAGUCCAGUCCAAUGAUACCAAGGACAGUUUGCUUCAAAGGUUCUUAUUACCUGAGGGUGCCAAAGCCAUGGUUGAAGCUGUGAACUUGAUUGCCAAUGGAACAGCCCCCAGGGCACCCCAACCCGAGGAAGGUGCGACCUUCGAUGCUUUCUUGAACAAAAGUGAGUUAUGUAGGGUUGAUCUUAACCAGUCAGCUGAGCGGGUGCACAAUUUUAUCCGAGGUCUCGAACGAGAACCAGGAUCCUGGAUUAUUCUAGAGGGCCAGAAGAUCAAAGUGUUCCAAUCAUCGUUGGCAAGUGAGCCAUGUGAUAAAGACUCCAAGAGUCUCGUUGUGGAGGGAUCUGACGAGCUAGCCAUAGCCCAUCCAGAUGGUCUCUUUCUAAAAUGUGGCGAUGGUCAAUUUGUGAAAGUGGAACUCAUUCAAAUGGAAGGAGGUUGCUUUUCAUCGACGAAAGAUUACUUUGGAGUAGUCACGGGCAUUAAUGACCAUGCAUAUUUGAAUCUGAUCAAGCACGAUGAAUCCUUGACAAAGUUAUACAUAUCAGGGGCCAACGAAAAAGACGACAUCGAAAUAAAUUGCGAUCACUUUGUGAAUGGUAAAUUUAUGAGAGGAAACAGAACGAUGAUCUACUCGGUCAUAAACCCAUCUAACAAUGAAUGCAUACACGAGAUAUUUUGUGCUUCCGACGAUGAUGUCACAGAGGCCAUAAAAAGUGCCCAAAAGGCGUUCAUCCCAAUUCAGAAAGCCAUUCCAAUGAAGAGGUUUCGUGAAGUCAUGAAAAUCAUACUACUUUCCGAGGAGUUAAUAAGAUUAAAAGUUUUGGAACAAGGGAUCUUGAUAUCGACGGCCAAGGACGCACUCCCAAUACCCUUAUCUCAGCUUGAAAGCAUUGAUGUAAGUCUCAAACAAUGCAACGUUUCAAGCAAUUCCCAAACUAUGUGGUGGAGCAAGUUAGUGGGAGUUGGGGUAUGUGUUCUCGUGAUCCACGAAUUGGAUUAUCAAUCUCUCGAACAUAUACUUGUUUCUUUAGCACUUGGAAACUCCAUCGUUAUAUUAUCCAUGGGAAACAAUAACCUUGCUCUAAUGAAAUUAGUGGAGAUAUUGCAAGGCUUGUCCAAUCCUGGAAUGAUAACCUUCUUAUCCUCAUUAAGUAAGGCCCAAGAGAAGCAAGUUGUGGAACAUGCUUUUGUAACACAAGUCACGUAUUGUAACAAUCCUAAGAAGAAUGUGCUCCAAAUUACCCUCAUUUUCCAAGAUGCUGACGUAACAAAGAUUAUCGACAAAGCUGUUUCAAUAAUUUGCGGUAAUCUUCAACCAAUGGUAUUCAUCGUGGACUCCGGCGUUUACGUCUCAUUUUUAACUGCUCUUAAAGAAGCUUUCAAGCAAGUCAAACUUGGUGAUCCAUCGGAUCCUCAAACCCAAUGUGGACCCCUAUCAACAGAAGUGGAACUAAACCAACUUAGUGAACAAAUCCUGUCCCUUCAAGAAAACCAUGCUACGCUGGUUUUGGGUGGGAAAAAAGAUGAGCAAUCCAACGGCUUCUUUUUUAAGCCAAGCAUCAUAAUUUGUAAGCUGAAGCAUGCUCAUGUAUUUAAAGGUCUUGGCAAAGGCCCUGUCGCUGGAAUUUCAAAAUGGAAAGGCCAGGAUGUAGAGCAGAUCUUGGACCACUUUGACCCCACUUCAAUCGUGACUAUAUUCACGAACAAUGUGUCUCACGCCCUGAAAAUUGCUGAAAAUCUGAAGAAUGAUUCCUGCGCAGUGAAUGACCUCAACUUUCGAAGGGAACAUCAUUCAAUACCGUCAGAUCUAAUUUCACGCUAUGGGAAACUCAAACGUGUCAUGCUGAACUAUUCCUGAAAUAAAGAAGCCACGUUUAUUUUCAA